GCCCAUCUUUCCCGAGUUAAUUAAUGUCCAUAUGCGCUGCAUAUCAUAUCAUAUAUCCAGAGUCACUAUAUCUAUAGCAUGCAAGUGAGUCAUGGCGAGUGUAGUUGUGGACAGUGGACGGUCUUUCCUGAACGAGACUCGAGAGAUCGCUUUUGAGUAUGUGAACCUGUGCUACAGUAGUGAGGCCUCUACAGAGCCAGAGAUGGGGCAGGAAGCUCGCUCGCCAGCGUCUGGCCGGCGUGUGGCCCCGGACUCUGACACUGUAGCAGGGGCCGGGGGACCACCACCACCCACCACGGCAGCUUUCACUAUAGCACAACGACUCAAGAUGAUAGGAGAUAGAAUUGAUGAGACAGUCCAGAAGGAGCUACAACAAGCAUUGUUUGAUCAACUCAAGCCAGCAUCCAUUUAUCAGCUUGGAGCAGACCAGUUUAGUGAAAUUUGUCGCAAAGUUCUGAGUAGCUGCUCCCGACAUCUGCACAGUGGAUGGGAACAAGCAUCUGUGGUAUUCAUGGGUAUGUUUGGAGUGAUUCAUGAGUUGCGUGCCCAAGGUGCAGAGAGUACCAGAGAGAAUCUUGUCAAUGGUUUUGCUGGAGAGGCUCUCCAAGAUCUGAGGUUGGAAUCCUGGAUCAAUGAUCAUGGAGGGAUGGCACACUUUGGUGAUGAGGUUCCUGGAGUUGUUCUAGAUACUGUACCCAUCGAAGGCACCUCUGUAUGAACUUGGUAACAGCUAGCUGUAGCUGUGACUUUUAUUAUAAUUAUAUUAAUGAUUUUUAAAGAACCAAAUUUUUACAAUGAAAUACAUGUGAUGAG